GCGCGCGCUCAGUCGGUUAGCGUUAACGGAGAGAAGAUGGCGGAGGAAUCCGCCGUUAAAGUGUGCGUUAGAGUCAGACCUCUCAUUAAAAGAGAGGAAUCUGAGAGUUCAGAGCCAGUGCAGCUCUUCUGGAGAGCCGACAAACAGGCCAUCCAUCAGCUGGAUGAUGACGGAGCUCAAACCAAGAGCUUCAGCUUCGACCGCGUGUUCAGCGCUGGAGAGACCACCACUCAGCUCUACCAGGACAUCGCAAAGCCGCUGGUCGUGUCUGCCGUUGAAGGCUACAACGGCACGAUAUUUGCCUACGGACAGACAUCUUCCGGAAAGACCUUCACCAUGAUGGGAAGUGAGCGUAACGCUGGAGUGAUUCCUCUCGCCAUGGCUGACGUCUUCAAAACCAUUAAAAAUUGUCCAAAGAAAGAGUUUCUCCUGCGUGUGAGCUACAUGGAAAUCUACAACGAAACGGUCACAGAUUUGCUCUGCGAAAGCUGGAAAAGGAAACCUCUGGAAAUUCGUGAAGGAAACUACAAAAACGUGUACGUGGCUGAUCUGACGGAGGAGCUGGUGACGUCUCCGGAGCAAGCCCUGUCCUGGAUCACCAAAGGAGAAAAAAACCGACAUUAUGGAAAAACAAAAAUGAACCAGCGUAGCAGCCGCUCCCACACCAUCUUUCGCAUGAUCUUGGAGAGCCGUGAGAGAAGUGACCCGGCGUCUGGUGAAAACGCUGAUGGAGCCAUCAUAGUGUCACACCUGAACUUGGUGGAUCUCGCUGGUGCUGAGAGGGCGAGUCAAACGGGAGCGGAGGGAGCCCGCUUUAAAGAAGGGUGCAACAUAAACCGCAGUUUGUUCACACUGGGUCAAGUCAUUAAGAAAUUAUCUGAUGAGAGUCAGAAGGGCUUCUUGAAUUACAGAGACAGUAAACUCACCCGAAUCCUUCAGAACUCUUUGGGUGGCAAUGCCAAGACUGUCAUUAUUUGCACCAUCACCCCAGCCACUGUCGACGAGACCGUCAGCACUUUACAGUUCGCUAGUGCUGCGAAGCGCAUGAAGAACGACCCUCACGUCACGGAGGUCUCUGAUGAAGGGGCUCUCUUGAGAAGAUACCGCAAUGAGAUCGUCGAUCUCAAACGACGUCUGCAGGAGGUUUCUUCAGUCACACAAACUACUGCGACCGAGCGAGAGUCUCUGUGUCAGAUUCUGCAGGAGAAAGACCAGCUCCAGAGAGAGCAGGAGGACAGGAUCAAGAACUUAACCAAGCUACUCGUUACUGCCUCAAACGUCGCCCUAGUCCCUAAGGUUCCCAAGAGGAGAGUGACGUGGGGAGGGAAACUGCUGAGAUCUGCUCAUCUCGUGAAUGAAGAUCUUGCCUCGACGGACAUGAGCUUUGCAGAGCCGUACAUCAAAAAGAGAAGAGCUGAUUGUUCUCUGCCUGAAGAGGGAGAGGAUAUGGAUGAGUUUGACAGUCGGUUUGACUUCACUGCUCUGGACGAACCCGACAUGGAGAUGAGCAGCAUCGCUGUCCGCAGCUCCUCUGAAGGGAGUCAUUUCCUAGAUUCUCCCCGAGCGAGCGAGCUGAUGUUGAAGGUGUCGUCUCUAGAGCGUCAGCUGGAGGCAGAGACUCAGAGCAAACAGAGAGCAGAGGAGAUGAGCGCUGAACUCCAGCUGGAGAUCUCUGAACUGCAGAAGAAGCUGGAAGCUCAAGCUGCACCAUCAGAGGAGGAGAAGACCGUGUCUGAGCUGGAGGCGCUGCAGAGUCGACUACAGACGGAGGUUCAGGAGAGACAGAAGGCUGAGGAGAAAAGCUCCUCACUGGAACUGAAGGUGGCAGAGCUGGAGAAACCUUCAGAAGCUCUCCUGUGCUGUGAGAUGUGUGAACAGCUGAGAAAAGAUCUGGAAGAGACCAUUCAGCUCUGUGAGACUGUCGUAUUUGAGAAAGAUGCCAUCAUUACUGAGCGAGACCUGAUCAAACACUCGCUUCAGCUGGUAAACGAAGAUCUGGAGAGUCUGAAGGCAGAGAAAGACUCACUUCAGAAAGAUAAAGACGCUCUGCAGAAGGACAUCGACGAGAGGAAAGAUGCAGAUGAGUUUGAGAAACUGGAGCAGGAGAGCAAGAGAGAGUAUGAGAGAGAGUUGGAGUCUGAAAACUCCAAACUGCAGCAGGAGUUAAAACAGUCGGAAGACAUGAUCCAAAAGCUGCAGGCUGAGCUGGCGACGAUUUCAUCGGAGCUUCAGAAGAAGACCGACCUGACCACUGAGCUGCAGAAUUUUAGUGACAAGAAUCUUGUCCAGGAAGUGACACGUCUACGGCGCUCUCUUGAUGAUGCAGAGUGUCUCAGUUUGGAGACCAAGAGAGAAUGGGCCUUCCUGCGGAGCGAGAACAUCUCACUAAAGGAGAGAGACGCAAACCUGACUACAGACCAUGAGAAGAUGGAAGCUGAGGUGAAGAUGAUUCAGGACAAGCUAGAACAAGAGAAGUCUCGCUUCAAGACGAUGCAAAUGGAUCUUCAAAAAGAACUGAUGGGCGCCUUCGAUGAGAACACCAAACUGACCGCUGUGCUGGACGGAAAAGUACCAAAAAAUCUGACCAAUAAUCUCGUGUUGGAGAAAACGGUGUGUGACUUGCGUAAGGAGCUUGAUCAGAGUCACGAGAGGGAGCGAUGUCUGCAGAGUAAGAUGGAGGAGUUAGAGACCCUUUCUGUUAAAGCAGAUGAAUUACAGAGACAGGUGUGCGGUCUGUCAGAAGAGCUGCGUUCUGUUGGAGAGGAGAGAGAUGCUUUGAUAUCCGCUCAGUCCAGUUUGAUUGAAGCUCAUCAGAGACUGAAAGAAGCUCAGGAUCAGCUUCUGAAGAUGGAGAGCGAUCUGGUUGAGGCUCAGCUGAAGGAAGCAGAACUGACCCAGCAGCUCACAGAGACAUCAGAACGUCUCCUGAACCUCCAGACGGAUCUCCAGCACGUCACGCAGGAGAACUGCACACGUCUCGCAUCAUUAGAGGAGGCCACACAGAAGUCGCUGCAGUUGAGCGCAGAGCUGGAGUCUGUCCGCGCCGAGAGAGAUGUGCUUCUGUCUGAGAAGAUGAGGGAAGUUCAGAGCGACCCGGAUGAGACGGAGAACCUGCGACGCACCAUCAGCUCAAUAACUGAAGAGCGAGAGCAACUCCAGGAGAUUCUGCAGGGCCUGAGAGACCAGAGAGACCAGCUCAAGAGGGACAUGGAGGAGAAUGUGGAGAUGAUGAUAGAGACUCAAGCAGAGCUGAGAGACGCUCAGGAGAAGGUGAAGGAACUUCAGGGAAAGCUACACCGCACGGAGUCGCAGAGAGUUCAGACGGUCGACCAACAGAAGAGCUGUGAAGAUGGACAGCUGGACAAACUACAAGAUCAGAUAAAGCAGUUAACAGAAGAGCUCAGUGCUGUUGUUGGUGAGAAGAGAUCGGAUCAUCGUGAGCAGUCAGAUGUCUCAUCUUUAACUGAAGAGAGAGGUCGGCUUCAGGAGAGACUACAGCAGCUGGAGAGGGACAAUAUUCAGAUGAAAACACAUCUGGAAGAGAAACAUGAGAUGAUCCAGACACUAAAGGAAGAGCUUGAGACUUUAUUAGAGCAGAAAACCCAGCUGAACUUGAACCUUCAAGAGACAUCUCAACAGCUCAUGCAGGUCCAGCAGGAACGCAGCGGCUCACACACAGUCACACAGCAUGAUGAACUCCUCCAGCAGUGCAUUCUCUCACAGAUACAGCAGCUUAAAGAGGAGCUGGACGCUGUGAGUCAGGAGAAGAACCAGAUAAAAUCUGACCUACAGGAGAAUGUCGAAAUGAUGAUUGAAAAUCAAGAGGAGCUGAGAGGAGCUCUUGAGAAGGUGAAAAAUCUUCAGAAUACUGUACAAGAACUGGAGUCUCAGCGAGCGCUCAUGCAGUCGAAGGACUCUGAAAACACUUCACAGAUAAAGCAGCUGAGAGAGGAGUUGGAGAAUGUGUGCUGUGAGCGAGAGCGUCUGCUGUCUGAAUGCUCCAUGAACACACUCCGUGACACCGAGAUGAUGGAGCAGAUGAAGGCCAGCAUCAGCUCUCUGACGGAGGAGCGAGACCAGCUCCGGCAGACACUGCAGAGCCUCAGAGACGAGGUGGAGCAGCUGAGGACAGAGCAGCAGACGAUGGUCCAGUUGAGGUCAGAGCUCGAGUCCGUUUGUGCCGAGAGAGACCGUGUGUGGUCUGAAAGAACCGGAGACAUGCAGGAGAUGAGCGCCGUGACCGAGGAGCGAGAUCAGCUCCUGGAGACUCUACAGCGGCUCACAGACGAGAGCGAGCAGCUCAAGAGAGACCAGACGUCCUCCCAUGAUUCCCAGCUGGUCCAGGUGCGAGAGCAGCUCCAGACGGCCUGUGCCGAGAGAGACCGUCUGCUGUCUGAGAAGAGCAAGAGCGAUCUGGAGAACACGCUUCUAGAGGAAGUGCAGAGCAGCCUGGCCUCUGUCACUGAGGAGAGAGAGCAGCUCCUAGAGAUCCUGCAGGUCAACAGAGAGGAGAAGAACCAGCUGAGGAGAGACCUGGAGGACAAGGACGAGACUUUGCUGCAGCUGCGAGAAGAGCUUCAGUCGUCCUCUGCAGAGAAAGAGCGGCUGCUUUCUGAGAGAACCGAAGAGCAGCAGGAGAAGCUAGCAGAGGUGAAGACGGCUGAAGCUAGCAUCACCGCUUUGACUCGAGAGAGAGAUCGUCUGCUGGAGAUGCUGCAGAGCCUGAGAGACGAGAGCGAGCAGCUGGAGAAGAGCGAGAUGAUGCUGCAGUCAGUUUGUGCCGAGAGAGACCGUCUGAUGACGGAGAGAGACGCUGCGUGUCACCAGUCCAGCAUGACGUCUCUGAGCGAAGGAGACCUUCAGGAGAUCCUGCAGGGUGUCCGAGAGCUGAUCCAGGUCCAAGGAGAGCUCAAACAGAAGAAACCCACAGAGAAGCAGAAAGCUCAACUUGAGCAGAUUCAAGCUCUCACUGAGGAGAUGGAGUCUCUGAGGAAUCAGAGGGUGGUGCUCAGGAAAGAGCUUCAGGAGGCAGCUGCGACUUCUAAAAUGUAUCAGGAUUUACUGCACGUUACUAAGGAGGAGCUGGAGCAACAGCAGAAAGAGAACGCAGAACUGAUGGAGCAGAGUGCUUCGAAAGAGUCUCAGCUUCAGCAGCAGCUGAGUCUAAUGAGUGAAGAUCUCUCCGCUUUACGAGACCAGCGAAACACAGGCAUCCAAAACCUCCAAUCAAACCUCCGCUCACUUACAAAAGAGAAAGAUGAACUCCAAGACACACUGAAGAGAAGCAGAGAGGAGGGAGAAACACUGAGCCUGGGUCUUCAGAAGAGUGAGGAGAUGAGGAAGCAGCUGACAGAGGAGCUGGAGUGUCUCACUGGCUUGAAGGAUCAGCUGGAGAAUGAGAAGAUCUGUGCCGAGAAGAUCCUGGAGUCGUUAAGAGACGCCACGAAAGAGAGGGAUCAGCUCAAACGAGAACUGGAGGGAAAGAUGGAGAAGCUGGCACACACUGAAUCAAAAGCAGAGCAGCUGGAAAAGCAGAAGAUCCUGCUGGAAUCUGAAGUGCAUUCCCUCAGUCAGUCUCUCUCUGAGGUGAACUGCAGCGUGUCUUCAGAUCAGUCUAAACACCCAUCUGCACAUCUGAUUCCUGGGAUUGAGGCGUCUGCUGAGAAACUGCAGGCGGCCUUUGCCACGCUCCAGCUGAUCAUUGACCGUCCCACUAAUGCUUUAGCGGCUAUUAACCGUGAAGAAUGGGCCGUGAUCUAUCAGCUGCUGCAGAUUAUUCCAAAGAAUCGGAGAACCGUCGUCGUUACACACACCAAGAAAACAACCAGACUGAACCAUGUGCUGAUCAAGAUUGCGGAGGCUUACAGGAGACUGGCGCAGCGCUAUAAGACUCGCUUUGAGACGCAGCUGCAGCGUGAUGUGGCCUCGUUUGAGGAGUCUCGCCUGCAGGACCUGCUCGCGCUCACGGCUCAGUCUCCGUCACAGUCUUUCCGAGCGCUCCAGGAUGACUUCCAGCAGGUCUGGGGUCAGAGACUGACACGUCUGCUGGAAAGAUGGCAGCAGUACCUGCAGACACUGGAGGCUGGUGUAAGGGUUCUGGAGGAGGGUUUAUCCAAACACGCAGUGAUGGUGUCAGAGGAGCAUCCGCACCGGAUCCGUGAUCUGGAGGAGCUGAGAUCUCUGCUCGGAUCUCCUCAGGCCUCUGCCGUCUUACAGCUGCUCCAGCGACAAAUCUCUCGCCGCUCCAAAGCCACCGAGCAUCUCAACACAUUUUAUUUCGCUCUGUUGAAUCGAUGCGAAUCUGUGCGCUCUCCACUCAUAUCUGCCUCUGCCGAGUCCAAGCAGCAGCUCGAGGAUCAGAGGAGACAGACUUUAACUCUGCUUCAAGCCCAACACGGCACUUUACCCAAAACUGAGGCUGAACUUCUGCAGGACAAUCAGCGAGUGUUACUGCAGCUGCAGCAGACGCAGAAACAGAUGGAGGAGAUUCAGGAGCAGAUGAAGGAGCUGAAGGUCCAAGCUGACGCCUCAAAUCUUCAGCUCCAGGAGCUCAGCAGCCAACUGAAGGAGAAGGAAGCCCUGAUCCAGAGCUUGCGAGACAAACUUACAGAGUCAGAGGUUCUGGCUCGGAGGAGCAUGACACCAGAAGCUGCUGAUCUCGCCGCCCUCAAAGACAAACUUGUCAAAAUGGAGCUGGAUCACAUCGUGGUCACCACAAGUCAAGAGAAGGAAGUUGCACAGAUGACCUCCGUGUUGGAGCACAGAGCCGAUGUCAUCCGCAAGCUGAAAGAGACCCUGAGGAAAAUGCAACAGGACGAUGAACAGUCAUUCAUAGACGGCGAUGAGUUUGACCUUAAAUUGUGCUCGAGCACCAAAGAGAAGAAGAUGGAGGAGCUGCAGAAGAAGAACGCUCGGUUUGAGAGUCUGGUGAGCAAGCAGCAGGAGGAAAUCAACAAAUGGAAGCGGAGAGCGUACAAGAUGAAGGAGAGCCAGCGAGAUGCUCCAUGCACGCCAACCAAACGCCUUCCUCCUCUGACAGAGACCGAACUCAACUCGCCCAAGAAGACCUUCCUGGACUCGCCCAAGAGCAAGUUCUUUGACGUGCGCUCCAGCGUUCCUGUCCCCCUCAAGCAUCCCCCACAGUUCUUCGAUAACUCCAGCCUCGAGGCGGUGCCAGAGGAUGCCUGUGCGCCAGCCGAGUCCUUCCUGGAUUCUUCAGACAGCGAUGAAGAGGAUUCCAGCUCCAGCGCGGCAUCAGAUGCAGCUCCAAUUAAAGACUGGUGGCAGAUUCCUAACUCUUCUCCAGCAAAGCCUGAUGCUAGCGGCAAUGCUAACGCAUGCCCAACGCAGUAAUCGCUGUUGUCUUUUUCUUGUAUGUUUUUGUUGACACUUUCUGUU